CUUUAAACCGCCCAUCGACGUGUCCCCGAGCCUCUCCGCCGCGUCCACUCGGGUUCGGCCGGUCCCCGGCCCGCCUGCCGCAGUCGUGGUGGCAGCCCCGGGAGCAGCGCUGGCGUCGGUUUCCUUCGAUUCUCGAGAUUUGAAGAUGGCUGCACAGUCAGCGCCGAAAGUUGUGCUAAAAAGCACCACCAAGAUGUCUCUAAAUGAGCGCUUUACUAAUAUGAUGAAGAACAAACAGCCGAUGCCAGUGAAUAUUCGGGCUUCGAUGCAGCAACAACAGCAACUAGCCAGUGCCAGAAACAGAAGACUGGCCCAGCAGAUGGAGAAUAGACCCUCUGUCCAGGCAGCAUUAAAACUUAAACAGAAGAGCUUAAAGCAGCGCCUGGGUAAGAGUAACAUCCAGGCACGUUUAGGCCGACCCAUAGGGACCUUGGCCAGGGGAGCAAUUGGAGGACGAGGACUGCCCAUAAUCCAGAGAGGCUUGCCAAGAGGAGGACUUCGUGGGGGACGUGCCACCAGAACCCUGCUUAGGGGCGGGAUGUCGCUCCGAGGUCAAAACCUGCUCCGAGGUGGACGAGCCGUAGCUCCCCGAAUGGGCUUAAGAAGAGGUGGUGUUCGAGGUCGUGGAGGUCCUGGGAGAGGGGGCCUAGGGCGUGGAGCUAUGGGUCGUGGCGGAAUCGGUGGUAGAGGUCGGGGCAUGGUAGGUCGGGGAAGAGGGGGCUUUGGAGGCCGAGGCCGAGGCCGUGGACGAGGGAGAGGUGCCCUUACUCGCCCUGUAUUGACCAAGGAGCAGCUGGACAACCAAUUGGAUGCAUACAUGUCGAAAACUAAAGGACAUCUGGAUGCUGAGUUGGAUGCCUACAUGGCUCAGACAGAUCCAGAAGCCAAUGAUUGAAGCCUGCCUGCUUACUCUCCUACAAGAGACUUGUUAAAGUCAUCACAUCUGUAAAUAACUGAGAAAACAGGAGAUGAAACCUGAUUGAUGCUGGAAGGACCUAUCACAAUAGGCUAUGGACUUAUUGCCACCAGUUUGUGCAUUUAGUGUGUUCCUUUUACUUUUUGAUACUGUGUUGUAUGAAACUUUUUUUCUUUGAUUUGGUUAUAUUUGGGUUGUGUGAUUUCUGUGUUUUAGUUACCCAUUUUCUUAGAAUUCUCUUUGAACAUGAAUGUGUUGGCUUUAUGGGCAGAACACUUUCCCUACCUCUGCCUUCCCUUAACAUGUCAUAAGCUAUAACAUUCUAACAUUUCCUCUGUUCAUCUAUAGGCUCCCAUGAAAGGGUCCCAGAAAGAGACAAUGUUCCUCCCUAAUGCCUUGGUUUCUCAGAAUUCUGUUCUGCAUCUUCAUUAGUAGCUUCAUAGAAGUUUUAAGAAAAAUAUCAAGUUCACAAAUGCAGUCUGCAUCAUAAGUGUCAUGUAGUUGGGGACAUUGACACAGAGCCACUUCGUGGCAGCUUUGAUUUGAUUGAAGUUGGUGUGUUAACACCACAUAGAUAGAUGGUAAUGAGUAUGUUGGAUUCGUAUGCACAGUUUUUAACCUCAAAUGAAAAUGUUAACUUCUUGGUUUUAUAUCCUGGCCAAGAGGAUUGGGUUGUCAUGUACCCUCAGUAUAUAGGAGAAGGUUAUUUGAUUUGACAGAUCCGGCAGAAGGGAAAGGGGUAGGAAUGUAGUGACAACUCCUGGGAGGGGUCAGGAGCUACCAAGCUACUCUCAUGGUGAAAUGCAAUUAUCCUCACUUAUGUUCCAAGCCAGUGUUGGGCUUUUCCACUUGAAUUUAUUUUACCCUCUCCCUUGAAGGUUUAAGUUCAACCAUAAUUGUCAACUUUUCAGUUUCAACAGAAUCUUGUAUUUCUGGUUAAUUACAACAUUGUUCUCUCAAAUUCA